AAUGUCUCAAAGGUCGGUGUGAUGUUUGAGUGCUCUGCAGGACACUGACCUGAGUUCAGCUCAAACCUCACACAUCUGACCGUCGCAGCACUCGACUGUCUACCUGCUCAGAAUGAGGGCUGCUGAUUGGCUGUUGGUUCUGGCGUCCCUGCCCCUCGUCUCUCUCGCCUUCAAUCCGGACAUCUGCAGCGCCAAACCCAAAGACCUUCCCCUGGAGCCGCGCUGCAUCUACCGCAGCCCGGACCCCGACCCGGACCCUGAGGCCGGCGAGGGCCCGACCACGGAGCCGAUCCCCGAGUCCACCAACCCCCGCGUGUGGGAGCUGUCCAAGGCCAACAGUCGCUUCGCCCUGUCGCUGUUCAAACAUCUGGCCCUCGGCAAGGCCCCAGAGGCCAACAUCUUCAUGUCCCCCAUCAGCAUCUCCACUGCCUUUGCCAUGACCAAACUGGGAGCCUGCAACCAGACGCUGCAGCAGAUCAUGGAGGUGUUUCAGUUCCACACCAUCAAGGAGAAGACCUCGGAUCAGGUCCACUUCUUCUUCGCCAAACUCAACUGCCGUCUGUUCAGGAAGAAGGACAAGACCACGGAGCUGAUCUCCGCUAACCGGCUGUUCGGAGACAAGUCUCUGGUCUUCAACGAGACCUACCAGAACAUCAGUGAGACGGUGUAUGGGGCCAAACUGAUGCCCCUCAACUUCAAGGAGAACCCGGAGGUGGCCCGGGUCACCAUUAACAACUGGAUCUCCAACAAGACGGAGAACCUGAUCCAGGACACGCUGCCAGCGGGGGCCCUGGACUCCAACACGAUCCUGGUCCUCGUCAACACCAUCUACUUCAAGGGUCAGUGGAAGAACAAGUUCGACAAAGAAAACGUGUACGUCUCAGACUUCCACGUCAGCGAGAGUCGGACCUGCUCCGUCAACAUGAUGUACCAGGAGACCAAGUUCAGGUACAGGUACUUCCCCGACGACCAUGUGCAGCUGCUGGAGAUGCCGUACCGCGGAGACGACAUCACCAUGGUGAUCAUCCUGCCAACCAGAGACACCACGCUCACCAAGGUGGAGGAGGGUCUGGACCUGAACAGACUGACGUCCUGGUUGGAGGAGAUGAAGGAGACCACGGUGGCGGUCCACGUUCCUCGCUUCAGGGUGGAGGACAGCUUCAGUGUGAAGGAGAAGCUUCAGGACAUGGGCCUGAAGGACCUGUUCAGCGCCGAGAGGGCCAGUCUGCCAGGGAUGUUGGAGGACGGAAGUGAAGGUCUCCACAUCUCAGACGCCUUCCAUAAAGCCUUUCUGGAGGUGAACGAGGAGGGCAGCGAGGCGGCAGCAUCGACCACCGUCGUGGCCGUCGGACGCUCCAUCAACCUGAACCGGGAGGUGUUUCAGGCCGACCGUCCGUUCCUGCUGAUCAUCAGAGAGUCCACCAUCAACACCAUGCUGUUCACCGCCAGAGUGGCCGACCCCUGCGGCCAGUGAGACCUGAUCCCUCAGGAUCCAACAUGAAAACCACCUCCGGUUCUCUGGUGUUCAUAAACUACUAAGAGGUUAUUAAUCGUGUAAAUACAUAAUGUGGGGAGGAGACCUCCACUAUCGGGGGGAGGGGGGUUGUCACGGCGACAGAAACAUCAGGUUCUGAUCCCGUUCACACAAAAGAUGUCGGUUCAUUUCUAAGGAGGAUUACGAGCGUUUGUUGUGAAACUAGAAUCAGACAAAAAUAAAUAGUUCUACAGAGUAAA